UUUUUAGCCCACUGAAUAGCGCUGCUAAAGAUGGAGUAGCAUGAUUCGACUUAUCGAAAUCCGUCCGACAUUGGUAGUAGCCAUAUUAAUUGCUAUUGCACUUGUUAGGAAAAUUUACUGUGCACCGAAAAGUCUGAAUUUUAUACGAAUUUUCAUUUGAACGAGAGUAACCUUUUCAUCGACACGAAACGAUGGAGUGAAAAACUGACCUUUCAUUACGAACAAGGAUAUGUAUGCGGAUAGAACUCAAUGGUAUUAAAACGGUUCAGUCUUAAACAAAGAUAUUAUAUUUUUUUUUUAAAAUAGUCCAAUGAUAAUAAAUUAGGUUGGCACAUAUGAAUUGUCAUACUUUGAACUUUCAUAUACAUUAACAUAUAUUUUAAAAUACCACACUUCUGAUAAAACAUGUCAAACGAUACAAACAUGCCAAAUGAUAUGAACAUGCAAGCUGAAAGGCCCAAUGAGGAAGAAACUGUCAAUCGUGCAGAAGAAGAAGAAGUCAGUUCAACUAUUGACCUGCAUGCGCAAGAAAGAGGAUCUGUUUAUGGUGGUUGUGAAGGGCCAAAUGGAAUGUAUGUCAAACUAAUCAGUAGUGAUGGACAUGAAUUUAUUAUAAAGCGUGAACAUGCUUCGAUUAGUGGAACUAUAAAAGCCAUGUUAAGUGGUCCUGGUCAGUUUGCUGAAAAUGAAGCCAAUGAAGUGAACUUCCGUGAAAUUCCCUCUCAUGUAUUACAAAAAGUCUGUAUGUAUUUUGCGUACAAAGUACGAUAUACAAAUAGUAGCACAGAAAUACCAGAAUUUCCCAUUGCACCUGAGAUCGCAUUAGAAUUAUUGAUGGCUGGAAAUUUCUUAGAUUGUUAAAUUCAGUAAAGAAUUCCAAUGAUUAGAUGGAAUUUAAUUCUGAAUUCUAACAAAAUGUUUUGUUACAAUUUGUACUUUAAGAUUUGCCAAAUUAUUGUGACAUUUUCUUAAAGAAAAUACAUACCAUGUGUUCCUCACUUUACAUUUGUAAUCCCAGAACAUUUGGUAUAGUAUAAUUCCAGUCAUGAUAACGCAUUAUGGAAAUCAAGUAAGUGGCAGAAUUUGUGGAUAUGAAUUAAAAGAUUUGUUAACAUGCAUUGUGUGUCUUGACACAAACGUUAUAAACUUCAGUGAAUGAGUUAUUGAAACCUUACUGCUUUCGUGUAGAAAGUAAAUGAAACUUGUUCACUUUUAUUGCAUACACCAGUGGCAUAAUAAACUACUGCAUCUGAAGGAAUCUGAAUCAGGAACUACUGUAUUGAUUACAUAUAUAAGGCUUAACUCCACCAUUUUUACCAUGUUUAAUUAAUAGGAACUGGUUGGAAAAUUAUGCAAUUAUGAAUGUCAGGAUGCAAUCCUAUAGUAAUAAGUUUCCGUUACAUUUAAGAAUAUUUAUUUAUUGGUUUAUGUGCAUAGUAUAAAUUACUUUCUGUACAUUAUGGUUUAACAACUUCUGUAACAAUAUCUUAUAUAUUUUUGAAACAAAAAGUGACAU